AUGUCUUCUCUAAAGCCAAUCAUCGGAAGCACUUCUACAAGCAGCCAUCCCACCACUCCCACCACUCCUAACAACACUCCCAUGAAUUCUCCUUUUUCUCAACCGCAAUCACCACUACUACAACAAGGAUUUUUACAACAACCUUUAGAUUUACCUCCGGCCAUUGAAAAGUAUUUACUCAUGUCUCGUUCCGAAGUCCUCCAAAAAGUGAUCCAUCGAAUUCCAGCAACGUUUUGUGAGGAAAAUGGUUUACAGAAGGAAACUUUUAAUGGAAUGUUGGAAGGACGAGAGAAAUACAUUACCGGAAGAUUUGCUUUAUUGAAACACUUGAUCCGAUUGGAAGAAAACUAUGAGAUUGUUUCAAAAGAUUAUUUUACAUUUUUAUAUCAAUAUGAUAUCGCAUGGGAUUGGGAAAGGAUUAAAGCAAAAAUUGUGGAAAGGACAUUUCACGCUUUUCAAAAAUUAUAUCAUGAAAUGAAAUUUGUAAUUUUUAUGGAUGGAGACAAUUUAUCAGCGGAUUUUUCACUUGAAGGACUUUCUAGUUUUUCAAAAAACAUUAUUCAAGUGGUGGCUGUGUUUGCAAAUGGAGUAGUGAAUGAAGGUCUCAUGGGAUUUGAAAAACAACCAUGGUUUUCAAUCAUGCAUUCCACUACCAAGAAAAAAGAUGCCGCCGAUACAUGUUUGACAUUACUCAUUGGAUCUCUUCAUACUCAUUUGUCUCUCAAAUUGCCUGACAAGGAAGUUGUGUUCAUUGUGGUAACGAAGGAUCAUUUUGCAGAUGAGUUAUCAGAACAAUUAAGAAUUGCAAACAGAGAUUGUAUUCGAGUAGCAACUCCCAACGAAUUGAGAACAUUUUUGUCACAGCCCGUGUACACUCCUCUUUCUCGAAGAAACAAAUCUAAUGCGGUCAACGACAGCUCUUCUUCACUCAACUCUGCUCCUACACAAAUUGAAAUAACCACCUUGAAAGUUAUUCCGAAUCCAAGUUAUGAACUUUUGACAAGCUUUUUCAAUUUAUAUUGGAUUGGAAAUGGAAAAUCUCAAAACUUAUUUUGUAAAAAUUAUAAUUUGGAUUCAUCGAACUUUUCAAAGCAUUUAAGAGGGAAAAAAUUCAAUACUGCAUGCAACAAGAAAAUUGAAGAGCUCUACAAUACAAUUUUGGAAAAAAGUAACAAUGAAAAAUCCGUAUAUUUAUUGAAAAUAGGAAACAAAGUAGAUAUUUAUGAAAUUUAUCAUACCAUUACACAUGAAAACGAAAUUACAGAUGUCACACUGUCGUGGAAGAAUGAACAAUUCUCAUAUUGUACACCACACAUGUUUGAGCCUUCCUUAAAUGAUGAUUACCCUGUUUGUUAUGAAAUGUAUGGCAAGAAAAUUCAUUUCAUUCGCACCAAGCAAAGUAAUUGCUACUGGAAAACCAAUGACAAAAGUUUUAUCAAGCUAAAGAUUGGAUCUGUAGCUGACCAUAUAGUCACGGUACCUCUCUUAUUGCAACUGAAAUCUGAUUGGAGUGGCAGCAGUGAAAAUUCUAAACAAAAUUCUUAUGUAGAUGUCGUAUUGAAACGAAAUGGAUCGAGUGUUGAAAUUGAAUUGGAAGGCCCAACCAUGGAAGUGAAUUCCAUUUGCAAGGAGCGCUUCACAUACUCUCUCUCUCCCAACGAUGUCAAGCUUAUUUCCACGCAUUUGCAAUCAUUACCGUUUAAUUUUGUGGAUAUUUCAAUUUUGGAACAAUCUUCACAGGGUAUGAACAAUGUAGCCUUAUCUCCUAUCAAGAUUGAUCCUAAUGACCUCAUUCUUGGAAAACCAGUGCGUGUGAAAGACACUAGUGCAAAAGAAGAUUAUGAUGAAACGGUUUGA